AUGGGAAUAAACGACUUCGCGGUUGUUCUAGCAACAUGUGUGCUACUCUUUCCCGGGGGUCGGGGGUUCGAGUUUGUGUACCGUGAAGGGGAGGCGGACCCAGUUGAUGUGGUCAGACGGGAGGUGGUACUGGACGGCUCCCAUGGUAGUCUAGGUGACUGGCCCCACUGGUGCCUCGGGAACCUGAACAGAUGUGCGGAGGGGUUCACGCUUGACAUGUGGGUUCGGUUUACGGAGGCGGCCGAAGACUCCCGGGAUGUCAUCGUUUUCACUUCCGGGGGACAUAUGUGGUACUCUAACGGCGUCUACUUGUUACAGAGAUUUGGAGAUGAGUAUGAAUUGGGUGUCGCCUGGGAUGAGGACAUCUGGGCAGUUCAGUUUCGCGUUCGUCCGUCCGUCUGGGUGAACAUCCACGCCGUGUGGGACCUCACUUCCGGUCUUACUUUACUCACGCCCGCAUACGAACAGACGGACAGUAUGGGCCGGGAGUUUCAGCACUUUACAUUCGACUCGUUUAUGGACGUUGAGAUCGGACUGUACACCGACGGCCGGCCGCUAACCGACGACGUCAGGUUCGAGAUCGCUAGUCUCCGGAUAUACAACUGGCUUUCAACUAUGCCAUCGGACGGCAUUGACAUGAACAAGUUAUGGAUGGGCUGUAAAAUGAUGGACACACCAGACUCGGCAUAUCCAGUCCCCUUGCCGACCGCCGCAGAGGCAUGCCGGCAGCUGUGUUCCGGAAAAGCCAUUGCAACAAUCAGCACAGACGGUGACUGCGCAUGCGCAACGUUGGAGGCCCUGGAAAAUGCACAGCCGGAUAUAUCACUGUGUAAUAACGAAACCGACUGGCAACUCUACUCCGUUUCCGGCCUCUCGGAGACAAACUCGGGUUACGAGAUUACUGUAUCUGUACAUAAGCUUGGGAACAAAGACUACGUUAAACCAUUCGAGGCCGUAGAAAUUCGCAUCAGCACCAACUUUGUCCUCGACGUCACGUUCAUUGUAGAUUUCGGUGACGGUAACAUAGAAGAAUUCGUAGACAAUAUAAUUUCCUAUUACUGGACAGAAGAAGGGAAAUAUGACAUAACUGUUUCCACAACCAUAGGGAUCGCGCAGGUCAGCGGAAGCGCAGACUUUCUCGUGCAGGACGUUGAUGAAGGGUACGCGGGCGACUUUGUUAUGCUUGGAGCGUAUCACGGCAACCAGAGUCGCCAGGCAAACAUUGACUUCCUCAAUAUCGACAAGGAGACGGCCAUUUGCGACAUCCGGUUUGGGGAUUCCGGCGGGGUGGACCAGCGCCGCAUUGAUCUCUCCGAUUAUGUGGAGACCGCCAGUCUUUUCCAUGAGUAUGGACAAAUAGGUAGAUAUGUCAUGAGCGUCGAGUGCAAUAACCCAUAUGGCGCUAUCCAAAAUGAAACCUAUUUCACAGCUAGAAAGCUCGAUAGGACGUAUCACUUCUUAGAACAGGGAAAACAAUUUAACUCAACAGCAGUUGGAGACGAAACAUUUUUUGACAGUACACUGGCCAUGCACAACGAUCCUAAUUUUGUCAUAACACUUCGACAAGAUAAUAUGAGAACACUGAUAUUAGACCCAACCUCUAUGAGAUUGCAAGAAAACUAUGUCAACUAUAAAUUCAAUGGUGAUAUCGUCGAUUCAAGAAUCAUUAACGUUCAAAAUGUUCUCCAAAGACCGACAAUUUCAUCUCUAAAACUUGACGGCGCAUGGAAUUUGACGACAGCUAUUACCAUAACCCUCCCGCCCGGAAAUAACAUGUUUGUAAAUGUAAGUUUUGGUCUCGGUGUCGGAGAGAUGUUCUACAUUCACUACCAGCCAAACUUUACAGCUAUAGAGUUUAUGGUAAACUUCACUGAGCUAGGAUACUACCCAAUGCAUGCGAAUAUUUCCAAUGACGUCAGUUUUAACACUGCCGAAUCGCUAGUGUCCGUGGAAGUUCCGUUAACGAUGAUGUCACUGUCUACAUCUGACGUCAUUGAUAAGGAAAAUCCGGCGAUUCUUAUUAUCGAUGUAAAUGAUGGAAUGCAAGGGCCGAUGAAGAUCAACUUUGAAAUUGACCACGGAAAUGGUUACGUUGAUACCUUCUUCCAUUAUAAUGACAAGUAUUUCUUUGAACCUUUCCGACACGAAUACAAAUAUCCUGACUGGGGCGACUACGUGGUUUGUGUGAGGGCAUUUAACAACCUUGGGUCCGUAUUUGACUGCAUUAACGUUCGUGUUGGUCAACAGAUAUCCUACGUGGACAUCACAACCCCUACCGCCGGCCGGUUUGUGCCAGGAGAUAUUGUGACAUCCAUUAUACGUUGUCCUCAAGGGUCAGACAAGAUGUUUCGUAUCGACUUCGGUGACGGUGACACUUUUGUCUUUACGGACAGGUAUCUUGUGGAUACGGAAAACUUUAUCGACACAACGACGAUGGCGCAGACAACAUCCGCUCUACAGGUAUCUACAGACGGUACGUAUCCGAAUGGAAAUGCAAUGUUAGAAAACUCAUCGACUACGACUAUUCCAAACACCGAUAACACGACCUUGAGCGUAAAUAACUCAACAUCAUCGCCUGUUUCUAUCACACCGAUGUCAUCUGAAACUACAUCGACCGCCACAAAGUUUACGACAUCUGAGGAAAUAUUUCCCGUAAGACGACGUCGGGAGGCUUUUGGCACAGAAACUGUGACGGAGGAUCCUGCGACAACGACAGGACAAGCGACAACAACUCACAACGGUGCGACGUAUGGAUCGAGUACUAUGUACCAUGGUCCAAACGCUACGACACACUCACAGUAUUCCUAUCCAGACAAUAAUUCUAAUUCACAGUCAUCUGUGAACAUGUCAAACACAAAUAGUUCAGGAAAUUAUUCACAUAGUGACGUUAACAGUACCUAUACAACGGAGGCCCUCGUUACACCAACAACAGCGCCGCCGACGACAACAACAUUUAUGCCCUCGACCAUGGAGCCCAUUCCCGACGACGCCCUGUGGCCUCAUUUUACCAACGAUUCAACCGCCCGGAGCCGACGGGAUGGCACUAUUCUUUUAACUCACAAGUACCGCCGGACAGGCACAUACCCGAUCAAAGUGUCUGUCUCAAAUACAUUCAACUGGGCUUCAGAUGAACUCUGUCCGCCAAUAAUCGUUGCCAAUGCAACAGUCAAUACCACUUGCAUGGAACCAUUAUUAUCAGUAUCUCCAAGACUCGAAUCUUCUUCUCGAAACCCGCUUCAAUUUUACCGGUCAGAACAAAUAAACCUUACGGCAACUGCCUCCUUUACGGGAUGCGGGACGUCUAAGGCCACGUACUCCUGGCGAACGGACAGACUUGUUGUAGACAAUGGGCGUACUAUCAGCCGGCCUUACCAAGACUCUCAUAUAUGUGUACUUGGGUCUUUAGACAAGAUGUUUAAAUACCCUAAGUCGACUCUACCGUUUGGGGAGUAUGUGGCAACUCUAGUAGUCUCACCAGAUGGCCACCCCUUACAGACGGCAACGUACGAAUUCUACUUCACGGUGAGGCCGUCGCCUCCACAUGCUGUUAUCGACGGCAACCGGGAACACAUGUGGUUUUUGGUUUACGGCACUACUAUGAUCAAAUUUUCGAAAUCAAUCGAUCCGGACUUUAAUACAACAGAUGGUAUUACGUACGAUCUGGUAGUUGCACCGGAAACAAAAUUAUCUGAACUGAAACAGAAAACUCUGCCAAGCGUGAAGGUCUCUUCAAGCCUCGUUAUGGAAGGAAUAACGCACAAAUACACGUCAAAGAAUCCCGUCAACCUAUAUCAGUUCGAUAAAUGCUUCAGAGAAGUUAGCGGAAAUUUGACCAAAGACAUCCGUUUCACUAAAGGCCAGUUCUUCGUGCCGUCGGAAUACUUUGAGGAGAGCGUCAGCUCGUUUGCUCUCAUUUUGUACGUGUCUAAGAACAAUUUAACGACAUCGGCGCAUGCGACGUUUGAGAUCCGAUUGAGUAACGCUUCCAACCUGCUUGACCAGCUGGAUGACCUCUUGGCGUCAAAGGAUACGACCGGCGUCAUGCGGGCCGUAACCGCCCUCUCCGGUUUGCUCGUCACAGAAUCCACAAACAGUUCUGAAGAAGAGAACUUUGAAGCACAAGAAGCCAUGACUGAGCUGAAGGCAAAGUUAAUCGGCGCCCUGGACUCGGUGUCGGAGGGCGUGGCAGACAUUGAUCAGGCGUCGGGAAUGAUUGGGCUGGUGGACGAUCUCACCAAGGACGGAAGCAGCGUCUCUGACAAUGCACGGGUUGGACUGAUGGACGACCUCACCAAGGAAUCGACCACUGUCCUUGACUAUGUACGGGUAAGGUGGCGGACUCUGACCAGGCAUCGGUAUGAUUUGACCAGUGCAAGAGUAAAUGUGGGUUCAGAUGAUAGGAUGGCUGUGGAGGAUAUUAACAAGCUGUCGGGGAUUAUUGGGCUGGAAGACGAACUUACCCAGGAAUGGAGCAGCGUCUCUUACAAUGCACGGGAAAGCGCAACAAACGCCAUCAAGAACUCGGCUGAAAUCACUGAAGGCUUUGCCGACGAGCCAAUGGACACACUGACAGACGUCGGUUCAAAGGUUGUCUCUGGCGUGAGUAAUGUGCUCCCGAAGCCUGACGCGACAGAGGCCUUGCUUGCGGCGCACAAGGAGAACAUCCGACAGGCAGAGGCGGACGCCAAGGCCGUCAUGGGACCCACAGACGAGGAAAUUGCUAACGGGGAGGCCGAGGAAGAGGGCGCUGACAUAAAGCUGGACGAUGACGAGGUUGAAUUGACGGAGCUCACGGAGGAGGAGAUGGCGUCCACCGCCCCGCUCCCCUACAACAAACUUCUCAAGCGCUGCGACCUCCUGCACUCGCCGCCUCUAGACAAGCUCUACAAGUACCUCUUCUUCUACGAGUCCAUCUUCAGGUCUGUGUUGAAAAACAUCAGCGAGGAGAUCAUGGUGAGUGCCGAGAUCCUGAAACUGGCCCGGAACGACAUAUUCUGCUAUAUCGGGGUGCUGGAGGAGCCCGGGGACGUCGAGUGGUACUACAACAGGUUCUUUGACAAGGAGAAACGACGCAGGGACCUCAUAAAGAAAAACGCCGAUCGAGGUGUGAGCAAGUCAUUCCUUUCGUCCAUUGACUCUGUAUCAAGCGUCCUACUGAACAAGACUGACGCAAACCAGACGGUGGAGCUAAGCGCCAAGGGCCUCAAGGUCUCCAUGAAGAGGGCCUCCGCCAACGGCUCGGACGAUGAGUCUAUGGGGGAUGGUGGUGCGGGAGUGAGAAUGCCGACGGGUAUCCUCUCGGGCUCCGGAAACGACAGUGAAGUCGGACAGACGUUGAUCAUGAACGACGACAACCCGUUUACGUACGGUAACGAGAACGACACGACGUCAAUAGGGACGGGAGUUGUGACGUUCAAGCUGUCCACGCCGGGAACCAAGAACGAGGUGCCUGUCUCCAACACCACGGAACCCAUAGAAAUCUACCUCGGCACAAGCGCGACCCUUCUGGCGGACCCUAAACUUUACACGCUGAUCCUGCGGCAGGGAGACUCACAGAGUUCCAUGGUGUACCAUCCCAUCAAUGUGACAAACAAUGACACCACCAUACACAUGGUCGUACGGCCAGAAAUGCGGGACUCUGAGGACCUCUUCGAUAUCCUCAUACAGUAUGAAAGCCGGCCUAACGACACAAACUACAUGGUUCAAACGACGCUUCCACACCCUGAGGACGCGUUCACGGCGUACAACCUGACGUGGGAGAAGGAGGACGAGGUACGCCACACGUUCUUCCCGGACGCCGAGCUCACCAGACUGGCUGGAAUGUACUAUGUAGGCGUCAGACUCAGAUCUGGUAAAGUGGACCUAUCGUCUGAGGAGACGAUGUUCAACUACACGUACCGCCACUUUCUGGGCGGCUGUCGAUUCUGGAACCACGAGAACGAGACAUGGGAAUCGGACGGAUGCAUGGUGGGCAACCUGACAACGUACAACGCGACACAGUGCCUGUGCACCCAUUUGACGUCCUUCGGCGGUGAGAUGGUGGUGCCUCCAAACACCAUCGACUUUAACAACGUGUGGGCCAAGUUCAAGGACCUGAAUGAGAACGCUGCCGUGUUUAGUACCAUCGUCUCCCUGCUUGGAGUGUAUGUGAUUGGCCUCAUCUGGGCAAGACAUAUGGACAAGAAGGACCUCAUUAAGUGGGGUGCGACUCCCCUGGAGGACAACCUGCCCACGGACAACUACCACUACCAGGUGUCUGUGUACACGGGGAUGAAAAAGAACUCGGGCACAAAGUCCAGCAUUAGCUUUAUCCUCUCCGGGGAGGUCCAUGACACGGGCGUCCGCAGGAUGUUUGACGGGAAACGACAGACACACGGAAAGGGGAGCAUCAUGAACUACGUUUUAAGCGUCGAGCAGAAGCUAGGGCCGCUCAGUUUCUGUCGCGUCUGGCACGACAACUCCGGUGACAGCGCCUGGCGUUCAUGGUACCUGGAACAGAUAGAAGUCUCCGACCUACAGACCGGCGAGAAAUAUUUCUUUCUAUGCAACCGGUGGCUGGCGUGCGAGGAGGAUGACGGAAUGGUAGACCGCAUACUUCCGGUCGCAAGCAUCGAGGACUUGGUCGCCUUUAAGCAGCUAUUCUCCUCCUCCGUCCGCAAGAAGCUCUCAAGCGACCACCUUUGGCUGUCCGUUUUCAGCCGGCCCACGCGCAGCUCUUUCACGCGCGUGCAACGGAUCUCGUGCUGCAUGUCGCUGCUGUUCCUGACCAUGAUCACGAAUGCCAUGUGGUUCAAGUCUGACGGUGAAAAGGGGGACGACUCCCAGAAGCAGGUGGUCUCAAUGAGCAUUGGACCCAUCACUUUCACGCUCUCACAGAUUUUUAUCAGCUUAGCCAGCACGAUCAUUGUGUUUCCGCCGAGUUUCCUACUGAUUACGCUGUUCCGGAGGACGAAACAGAAAAAGAACACAGUGAUGCAGGCGAACCAGACCAAACCCAAGCGCGGAAAAUGGAAGAACCUAGGCACGUCAAACUCCCUCACAAACAUGUGGGGCCCAGAGCCUAAGGAGUCCAAAUUCAAAAAGUUCAAAGAGAGUAUCAAUGAGCUGGUAAAGGGUGGUAACAAGAACAAGUACGACCCACAGGAGGAGGACUUCGACAGUAUCCCGGCCCCAACCAUCGCCGGAGACCCGAACGCCAAGAAGAUAAGGGCCAAGAAGAAGAAGAAGCCAUUCAUGUUCCCUCACUGGUGUAACUAUAUCGCAUGGGUCUUGUGUUUCUUCAGCGUGAUCGCACCCGCGUUCUUCACGAUCCUGUACAGCAUGGAGUGGGGAAAGACCAAGGCGAAUGAGUGGCUUGUAACCUUUGUUCUUUCCUUCUUCCAGUCAGUCAUCGUCGUCCAGCCCAUCAAGGUACUGUGCCUUGUGGCGUUUAUCGCGUGUGUCUUGAAAAAGCCGGACUUGGACGAAGAGAGUGACUGUACGAACGAGCUCAAUCAAGCCAUAGCCACACAUGAGGCACAGGUCUCCAGCAAGGGAUCUGAAGCCAUUGAUGAGAUUGCUCGGAAGCGCCGUGAGGCGAGCGAGACUCUGGAGCCACCGGACACUGAAAAACUUGAAGAACAGCGGCUGGCUCGAAUCAAGGAAGUUAAGAUGGAGGCAAUACUUAAAGAAAUAGCUGUGUAUGGCUUCUUCGUCAUCAUCCUGUUCUUCCUCUCCUACCAACAGAGGGAUCUCCAGUCGUUUUACUACACAGAGAACAUGAAGAGUAUGUUCCUUGGAAAGUUUGAAAAGAUAUCGACGAUGACAGACUAUUGGGAUUGGCUUGAGGGGACGCUGCUGCCUACGCUGUACGCUGCUCAGUUCCACAACGGAACCUCGCUUCACAAGUGGUGGGACCGCCGCUGCCUGAAGGACUUCGAAUCGCGCCGCAUGGGUAUAGCAAGGCUCAGGCAGUUCAGGAUUAAAGAAGAUUCGUGUAGCAUACUGGGUCUCAUGGAGCCUGUGAUCGACCACUGUCGGACAGACUACAACUGGUUCGACGACGACACGAAGGCGCACCUGCCUUUCUGGAAGGAGACCAGUGAGGAGAACACUACCAUCCUCGAGGAACGCACUGACGACCCCUUCGUAUACCAAAACUCUUACAGAUUGAAGAACAUGCCGUACUUGGCCACGCUACAGACGUACAAGGGCGGCGGCUAUGUGGUAAACUUCGAGCGGUCAUACAGAAGAACGGCGCGCAACCUGACGCGGCUUAGGGAGCAGGACUGGCUGGAUCUGCGGACACGCGCCGUUUUCCUCGAGUUUACCGUGUACAAUCCGAACGCUAACCUGUUCGCCUCCGCCAUCAUGGUUACCGAGUUUCCCGCUACCGGCGCAGCCGUCCCUAGGACCGAGUUCAAGAUAUUCCGUCUACAAAGCUACGUAGGAGGAUUUGCAAUCGUCGUGAUCUUCUUUGAAGUGCUCUACUGCUGCUUCACACUCUUCUUCUUCGUUCGCUCUGUGAAGAAAGUGCGGAAAGAAAAGUGCAAAUACUUCAAGACGUUCUGGGAUAUCCUGGAGUUUUGCAUGCUGUGCUUUGCCGUCGCCUGUAUCGCCAUGUACGUCUUCAAACACAUGCUGACUGAAGUCGCUUUCCACUAUCUCAAAAAGCAGUCACAACCGGAGUUUAUUAACUUCCAGUCGUUGGCCAUGUACGACGAGUUGUACGGCUAUAUGACGGCUUGUGUCGUCUUCCUCGCCUCCAUCCAGUUCCUCAAGCUCCUUCAGUUCAACAAAAAGAUGAACAUGCUCGGCGAAACCGUAAAGCUGGCCACCAAGGACCUCAAAGUCUUCUCCAUCGCUUUUCUGCUCUACUUUCUCGCCUUCGUCCUUACUGCGUACCUUCUCUUCGGCAAGCACAUGGCGGGUUAUAACGGUUUUGUACAAUCGGCCGAAUCCACGUUCGCGUUCACGCUGGGUGCCUUUGAUUUUGACGCCAUGAGCGGGUCACACAAAUUCUUAGGACCUAUCUUUUUCUUUGCGUUUAUCAUGGUUAUCUACAUCGGUCUUAUGAGUAUCUUCUUGACGAUCAUCGCGGACGCGUUCACGACGGUCAAGGAACAAACUGCUAAUGCUGAAAAUGAAUACGAAAUGGUGGACUUUAUCUGGAAGAAAUUCAAAGGAAUAAUAGGGGUUAAAUAA